GGGUACGGGUUCUUCCGGUCGCUGGGGGCGCGCGGGCACUGGCAGGACACGCGGCGCGUGUUCGGCGGCGCGACCACGCGGCUGGAGGACUAUCCAGAGGUGUGCAUCCUGCUGGACCGCUUCAUGGCGCCACGCUGCUCGGGCUCCGUGCUCACGCGCUACUGGAUCCUCACGGCCGCGCACUGCAUCACGCCCAACCUGGGCUUUGCCAAGUACAACACGCGCACGCCCAUGCGCACCGACGUCGGCGACGUCGUCGCCUUGCGGUAUCUCUACAAACACCCGGAUUACAAGGUGGUGCAGGAGGAUGUGGGUCGUGGCAUGGACGUGACGGUGCUGAACCACGACCUUGGGCUGGCGCACACGCGCGCGCCCAUGGCGCUGGCACAGCACUCGCCCGUGCCGCCGCUGCGGGCCAUCCUUUCCUACGACCCCAACCAGCUCUUCGGAGAAGAAGUUCAGGUACUGGGUUUCGGUCGCACGGAGGCGUCGAACAAGGGCGAGGAGCUGCUAACAGUGUUCCUGCGGCUGGUGGAAUGCGACCGCAACGGUUGGCGGCACUGCGUGUGCGGUGUGUCGCGCUCCCUGGAGCUGCCCAGCGGCGUCUGUUCCGGCGACUCCGGCGGGCCCGUUGUCUACCGCGGCGUCCAGAUCGGCGUGACGUCGAUGGGCCCGCUGUCGUGCGCGUCGGACGCCAACGAGACGUUCCCGCUCGGCGCCACGAGCGUGUUUACGGCGGUGUUCCCGUACCGCGACAUCAUCAACCGCACCAUCCGCGAGGCCGACAGCUCCAUGCGCCGCUCCGUGCCCACCUCCUCGGCCCCGACCAUCGCCGCUAAAUUCAUCGCUACGCUCGCCAACAUUAUUUUAUUAGUCGAGACUAAUAUUAUAUUUGUCUAAUAAAUUGUGAAGAUUAUACAUAUCCCACAUUUUUA